AUGGGCCAUGAAUGUAUCGAUGCAUCGAAGGAGUUCAAAUGGAGUGAAGAUGUCAAAGUUAAAAGUGAAGUGACUGAGAUUGUUCUUGUUCGCCAUGGAGAAACCACUUGGAAUGCUGCCGGAAGAAUCCAGGGACAAAUUGAAUCAGAACUUAACGAAGUUGGACAAAAGCAGGCUGUUGCAAUCGCUGAGAGAUUGGGAAAAGAGGAGAGACCCAUAGCUGUGUAUUCAUCAGACCUCAAGCGAGCCAAAGACACUGCUCUCAAGAUCGCGGAAACUUGUUUUUGUUCCGAGGUGACUGAAGUACCUGAGUUAAAGGAGAGGCACGUGGGUAGUCUUCAAGGGCUGUAUUGGAAAGAAGGAGCAGAGAAAGAACCUGAAGCUUACUCUGCUUUUUUUUCUUCCCAAAAUGACCUCGAGAUUCCUGGAGGAGGAGAGAGCUUUGACCAACUUUGUGAGAGAUCCAUGCAUGCUCUUGAGCAAAUUGCCAAGAAGCACAAAGGAGAGAGAGUGAUCGUGGUGACUCAUGGAGGAGUGUUGAGGGCAAUUUAUUUGAGGAUCACGCAAGCUUCCUCCGCCGGAAAACUCCUUAAUGCUUCGGUGAAUGUUGUUCACUUCCGCGACGAGAAAUGGAUCAUCGAUUCCUGGAGCGAUGUCUCGCAUCUCUCCUCCGUUGGAUUUCUCCAACGCGGCUUUGAUGGAGACUCCAAGGCCUAG